CUGAUUUUUGGUGCACAGUGCUUCGAGGCGAGGCGAUUUCAUGACACUUUUGUGCUCUGUUAGGAGGUGUUUUCUUGCUGUUGAACGCUUUGCUUGGCCUGUAGAAGCUUUGAGAACGAUGCCACGUAAAAGAAAGCAUGGAAGCUUCUCACAAAGCUACUAUAACGAUCCCUGUUCCCUGGAAAGUGUUGUUCGCAAAAUUGAAACUUUCGCUCCCCGUCAGUUGGCUGAAUCAUGGGACAAUGUUGGGUUGUUGGUAUCGCACACGUCUCCAAAACUGAUUAAAAAAAUUUUGCUCACUAAUGAUCUUACUGAAGAAGUUCUUGAGGAAGCUAUUGAAGUUGAUGCACAGCUAGUUAUAUCUUAUCAUCCACUGAUUUUUCCAUCUGUAAAAUCGGUGAAUUCUAACAACUGGAAGGAGAGAAUUGUUGGGACUCUCCUCCACAAACAAAUAGCUCUAUACUGUCCCCAUACUGCAUGGGAUUGUGUUGAAGGUGGUGUUAAUGAUUGGCUAGCAGGUGCCUUUGAGAGCAAAAAUGCCUCUGUAACUCCAUUGAAACGGUACAAUGAAGGCUGCAGCAGUAAAAUAGUAAACGCCUUGUUCCCUAAUGGUGAAACAGCUGAAAAAGCAAUGGGAGAGAUAAAAGCUGCUCUUCCCUGCAACAUGAAUGUGAUAGAUCAAAGAGAUGGAAAAGUCUGGCUUAAAAUCUACAUUGAUGAGGAGUAUAAGUGCAUUCCCUUCCUUAGAUCUGCACUUGAUAUUGACAUCUCUGUACACACAAAGAUGCCUACCAGAUUCAAUGCGGGUGCAGGACGAAAAGUGCUGCUGAAGGAACCAAUUCCUCUUCAGCUUGCAGUAAUGCUUGUCAAAGAGCACACUGGUUUGGCAGAUGUUGCGGUUGCUGUGGCAAGUGGAGAGACCACUGAAAGCAAGGUGUCCUCCAUAGCACUUUGUGCUGGAUCAGGAGGAAGUGUUCUGAAAGGUGUGGAUGCCGAUCUUUACCUCACAGGUGAAAUGUCACAUCACGAAGUCUUGGACGCAGUGCACAAGGGAGUUCAUGUCAUUCUGACACGGCAUUCAAACUCAGAGAGAGGAUUUUUGAAGAUUGCAGCUACUCAGCACCUGAAAAAUCUGAUGCCGGAGAUUGACUUUGUUGUGUCAUCAAAAGACAGAGACCCACUGGAAACAAUGUGAUUUUACUUGAAGAAUAAGUUUUCAUAACAGCUACUCAGCCAUAUUUUUUAAAAAUCUGCUUUGAAAUUAUAACAAUUAUGAAUAAAAGAAACAGUAAAAAUA